UACAGGUCUAACUUUACCAACGUUAUAGACGACGACGACUUAAUUGACUCGCAACCUCUUUCACUACCCUCAUCAAACAAUGUAGAAGUUACAAGUAUAGACUCACAGGACGGAAUAGCUAUUAACUUAGAUAACCCUAAAAGACCCAAGCGAGGUACGGGGCAAAAAGGACACCUUCGAAGUAUUGAGGAGAUUGAUGAAAAAUAUCGAGAAGUCUUUAAGUAUCCUUAUUUUAAUUUAGUGCAGUCUAGAAUCAUUGACGAUGCUUUAUAUUCAGAUAAGUCAUUGGUGAUUUGCGCCCCUACUGGAUCAGGUAAAACUCUUUUAUUUGAAAUGGCCAUAGUUCAAUUGCUAAUGGAAAUUGAGGAGAAGAAAAUUGAUCAGGAUUUCAAAAUAAUUUACAUGGCUCCAGUAAAGUCCCUGUGUACUGAACGAUUAACGGAAUGGUAUCCAAAGUUUACGAAGCUUGGAUUAUUGUGUAUAGAAGUUACUGGUGAUACAGAUGUUGACUUUCCACAAUUGAAGCCGUAUAGAAUUAUAAUAACGACCCCGGAAAAAUGGGAUAUGUUAACGCGUCGCUGGAAGGACCACACAAAUUUAGUUGAAGUUAUAAAACUAUUUCUUAUUGACGAAGUUCAUAUCCUUAAUGAUGAAGUACGAGGACCCGUUCUCGAAGCCGUCGUUAGUCGUAUGAAAACUAUCGAAUCUUCAGCAAAAGCAGCUCAUCGUAUACGGAAACUGCAACGGCAGUACCAAAAUAUAGUAGAUACUGUAGAUUCACCAGCACCCAAAAUACGUUUUAUAGCUGUAUCAGCUACUGUCAGUAAUCCUGAAGAUGUCGCUACAUGGCUCGGUACCGCAGAACAACCGGCCGUAUUUUACAAAUUUGGGGACGAAUGUCGUCCAGUGAAGUUGAACCUGGUAGUCGAAGGAUACCCUUGCGCUGAAGGCUCAAGCAUAUUUAAAUUCGACAUUAUUCUUAAUUAUAAACUAUGGCCAAUCAUACAAAAAUAUCAUAAUGGAAAACCCACUUUGAUAUUCUGCAACACCCGCAAGAGCGUAGCGCUGACCGCGGAAACAUUAUCCCGUGAGAUGACGGUCGGAUUCACUAAGGAACAGAGGGCAAGGCUUGCGGCUCUAGCCUCCACGAUAAAGACGAAAAAAAUACAAUCACUUAUUUUAUGCGGAGUUGGCUGUCAUCACGCGGGGCUUCUGUAUGAGGAGAGGGUCAAUAUAGAAAAUGCAUUUAGAAAUAAGGAUUUGCCAAUUCUCAUUACGACGACUACUUUAGCAAUGGGAGUUAAUCUACCAGCUCACUUGGUGAUCAUCAAAAAUACACAACAAUACAUAAAUGGAGCAUAUCAGGAGUACAGUAUAAGCACAAUUCUCCAAAUGGUCGGUCGAGCCGGAAGACCGCAGUAUGAUACAGAAGCCACUGCUGUUAUCAUGACGAGGAUAGCAGAUAAAGCUCGUUAUCAAUCUCUCGUCGGUGGAAGUGAACCGCUUCAAAGUUAUCUACACAAGCGCUUAGCCGAGAACUUAAACAGCGAGGCCUCUCUUGGAACAGUUACUGACGUCGCACAAUGUGUAGAAUGGGUGAACUCCACAUUUCUAAGUGUCAGAGCGACUCGUGACCCCAGACGCUAUCUGGGACUUCCACAAAACGCUUCCAAUCAGCUUAUCACUAAGAAAAUAGAAGAAUUGUGUGUCAAAGCCAUGAAUAGCUUAGCAUCAUCCGGUCUUAUAACUAUGGACGAGGCGAGUUGUAUACAAUGCACCGAUGCGGGGCGGCUUAUGACUGUUUACUAUAUUGAUCUUGAAACUAUGAAGGCGAUUAUGAAGAUAGAAGGAACAGAAUCGCUAGAAAAAUUAUUAUGGCUUGUAUGCGAGAGCCAUGAGUUGGCAGAUAUGCAUUUACGAGUCGACGAGCGAAGAUCUCUGAAUGCACUCAAUAGAAACAAGGCGGCUGCAACAAUUCGCUUCCCAAUGAAAGGCAAGAUUAAUACCAGACAGAUGAAAUUGAAUUGUAUUAUACAAGCGGUCCUUGGCUGCCUUCCCAUCCCUGACCCGUCAUUAAACCAAGAAGCCUUUAAAAUUAUGAGGAUCGCUGAUCGAGUUUGUAAAUGUCUAGUAGCAUACGUAACAAGCGGAAAAGUAUUAGCAGAUAAUCGGAAUUGUUUUUCCUCGGUUUUGAACGCCGUGAUUUUGGCGAAAUGCCUAUCAGCUCAUUUAUGGGAGAACUCGCCAUAUCUAAGCAAACAACUCAAAGGGAUUGGACCUAUGUUUAGUUCGUUACUCGCGUCUGCGGGGAAAACCACUUUUAUGCUGCUUGAAGAGAGUCAUCCCAGAGAUUUGGAACGGAUUAUGAAUAAAAGCGCCCCCGCAGGCAAUGAUCUAAGAAAACAGAUAUCUUUGCUUCCAAAAUAUCGAUUAACAAUCGUCCCUAUAGAUCAGAAAACAGUCCGAAUUGAACUUGUUAUGCUAAAUCAAGUGUAUUUAAUGGAAAACAUGGAACGUUUAACUGCUGGAGCGAAUCACAAAUUUUAUUUAAUAGUUGGCGAUUCGGAAAAUAAUCUACUAUAUUACUCUGUUUUUAAAGAUAAAGAUUUCUUGAGCGUUUACGAUGGGUGCAUUACGUGCGACGUUACCCGGAAGCAAACUAAUGAGCACAAACUUAUGGCACAUUGCAUCAGCUCAACUUUUGUUGGUAUAGAUGAUAAUUCUGAAUACGUUUUCAACGAUUUAAAUCCAUGUGUUGAUAUUAAUCAUAAAUUAGUUUGCACGCCACGUGAAAGUGUUUUAAAGCAAACAAACAUAACAGACACAUUUACCCGUAAAAGAAAAUGUCCCAAUCAGAGUAUUACUCAAUCAAACGAAAAAAAGAAACGAGACACCGACGUCAUAAAACAAUUUAAAAACUUACGAGAAUCAUUAGGAAUAACAUCGAAGAAUAUUAAAGAUAAUUCAGAUAAGACAGUCGAAUCAACUUUAAACGAAUUUAGUGAAAAUCUUCAAAGAUCUCCAUUAGAAAUUAAUGAAGGUAAUGUCAGUGAUACUAUAGAGGCAUCCGACACGGAGGAACAUAUUGAAGAUGAUAAAAUUAUGAAUAUUUUAAAUGACAUAGAAAAAAAGAAAUCUAGCCAAAAUGAACCACUGGUUAUGGAAUCGGAUUCGGGAUUCUCAAGCGCUAUAAGAGAUCAUUUGAAUCAGUUUUUUGGCAAUGUUCAACAUAAAAACACGAAUAAACUUGAAAUGCAUAUUGUAUUAGACGAGUCUAAUGAUUUACAAGCACCUGCUGAAAGUGCUAAUUGCGACGAAGAUUAA